UAUAGGGAAUGAUGAUUAGAAGAAUAUAUGAUCAGCUUGGCUUGGUUAUUAAAUACUGGAAACGACAUGCUGGAGUGUACUUUCACUGCUGUGAGCUGAUUUACAAGUGAUGAGUGGACUGUUGUUGGACUUCAGCUGGCCAUGGAGCAGAAACAGGAUAAAACCGAGCUGAAGGAGCUCUUUAUACGCUUGGAGAAGGAUGGCAUCCCACCUGAGGCCUCGGCAGACGAGCGUCAGUGCCACUUGUGGCGUCUGCUCCGGAGCAACGAGGACAACCUAGCCUCAGCCACACAGGAGCUUCAGGCUCUCCGUGAACAGCAGGCCAGUGAGAUGAAAGAGGUAGAGAGUUAUGUCGAGCAUAUUCGAAACAUGCUCGAGGAGCGUGAGUGUCUGACAGCUGAAUAUGAACGGGACAAUGAACAGCUCCGUGCUGAGCUUGAGCAAAUAAAGCACCAGCAAGAGUGCCAAUAUAAAGAGGUGAUGGAGAUGCUGGAGCAGGAAGGCCUCGCUGAAAUCAGUAACAGCAGUUCCAGUGAGCAGGUGGCUUACCUGCUGGUAGAACGAGUCACCUUGCUUGAGAGGCUGGAGGCCGCAGAGAGGAAGCUCGAUACUCAGACACUCACAGGCAACCUUCGAGAGGUCCACCUACAGGAGGAACUGGACCACAUCCGGCACACACUGGAGGAGGAGCUCAGGCAGCAAAAGGAAAUGAUGCGGCUCACUAAAGAGAGUAUGAGCAAGGGAAAAGAAUCUACAGAUCAGAGCCCAUGGAGGAAGCUUUUUGGUGUGCACAAGGCAACAAAAAUGGCACAGAGCCUUCCUCUUGCCCAAAGUGUAGAACUGGAGCAGGAGCGCACAGAGAGGAAGAAGCUGGAGAGGGAUCUCGAAGAGGCAUCCUGCAGACUCACUAUGGCUCAUCAGGAGAUACGCCACCUAACUAACGAGCUAGAUCUGGCUCGGAAAGCCCAGAAGGCUUGUGGCCCUGACCUGCAGACAACUGGAGUGGAAGUGGCACUGCUAAAACAGGAAGUAGAACAGUUAAAGCAGUGUGAUAUGGUGGAGCUGCAAAAGGCAAAGGAACACAAUGAGAGACUUGACACAGAGAUUCGGGCACUGAGGGAUAGAGUACGCUCCUUGGAUUCCGAGAGGAAGACUCUUUUGAAAAUGAUUGAGAAUUUUAAAAUCUAUCCCAAUUCUGGAGGCAAAUCUGCAACGGACCAUGAAUCUCCUCAAUCUGUACAGGUUGAUGGAAAUGCCAAUCCUUCAGAACUGUCAGCUACACCAUUAAAUGAUGAAAAGGAUCAACUCCAUAAAAGGUGUCAAAGAGAGUCUGAGGAUAAGGACUGCCGUCUUCGGGAGCUGGAGAGGAGGCUGCAGAAGCAGCAGCAGGAGCACGAGGAGCUGGUGGAGAGGAACGAGGAACUAGAGGCACUGCUUGGAGAGGCACAGAACAAAGCCAAAGAGGAGCGAGAGUGCCAUGAGUGCGAAAUGGACAGCUUGCAAAGAAAGAUUAAAAAUAUAGAGGCAGAGUUAAAUGCAAAGAGUGCCUAUGAGAAGGGACCUGUGGAGAAAUGUGACCAGACUAAGGAGACUGCCUCAGAGCUACAAGGUGCUAUUCAAGAGAGGCUGACAUUUCUUGAGGGUCGGCUUGCUGAGGAGAAGGACUGGAGGAAACAGUUAGAAGUGGACUUGGUAGUGGCCCAGACUUCUCUGAAAAAAGAGAAACAGGCAUUGCAGAGAGAGCAUGAGGAGCUGAAGAAAUUGCGCAUAGAUGUGCAGAGCUUACAGGCUGAGUGUCAGCAAGGGAAAUCCCUCAACAUGAGCCUCACACAGAUAAAGGGAGAAAAGGGAAUUUUGGAAGAAAAGGUCGCCCAGUUGGAGCGUGCUCAGUCACGGCUGCAGGACGACCUGGCACAGCACACAGAGGGCAGCAGAGUGCAGGAGGACCUGAGAGAGAGCAGGGAGCAGGUGACACAGCUUAAUGCUCUAGUUGAACAUCUCCGAUCAGAGCUAUGUAAACUGGAGAAAGAACACAGCACACUGAGGAAUGAGCUGGUGGAGAAGCGAAGGCAGGUGAUGGAGCUGCAGGCUGAGCUGAGUAUCAGAGCCCAGGAGAGGCUGCAAGCCGAGGGUCAGGCGGAGAGGCUUGGUCUGGAACUGCAGCUCAAGAAAGAACAACUCCAUGCUGUCAGGCAGGAGAGCGCAUGUGACCCUAAUCCCAAAUCUUCUAUGGGAAAGGACGACGAGCUCAGCCAGGUGGCAUGUGUGAAAUCAGUGACGAGUACGAUGCACACCACCGUGGAGCAGGAGAGACUUUUUGCUAGUCAGUAUCAGAUGGCCCUGCAGGCUCAGAUCAGUGAAGCCCAGGCCCGGGUCAAGGCUCAGGACUCUGUCCUGCAGCAGAAGGGUGAGGAAAACAAGCAGAUGAAGCAGGACCUGCAGAGGACCCAGCACCUCUUUACGUCAGCUGAACGAGAGCUACGUUACGAGAGGGAGAAAAAUCUUGACCUUAAGAGACAUAAUGCACUCUUGGACCAAGAGAAGAUCAAGCUCUGUGCAGAGCUGAAGCAGGCUCAGGCCAAACUGGCACAGCUGGAGACCUGUGCAGCAGCACAGGCAGCAGAGCUGGAGCAGUUGCAGCAGAGAACCAGGGAGCUACACCUGGAACUGGCCAGGAACAGCCAGAACAGACAGAGCAGCAGUAGCCUCCGGGAGGAGCUCAGUGCUGAGAGAGCACGGGUUAUUGCUGCUGACAAGAAGGUGUUGGAGCUCCAGCAGCAAUUGAAAAAUGCUCUGCAUCAAUUGCGUCUGGAGGAGGCCAGAGCUGGAGAGACCAGUAAGUUGGAGAGAGACACCAGAGACAUGUCUGAUAACUUGUCUGCCCUCCGAACUAAACUGCAGGAAGAAAAGCUCCAGAGGAAGUUAGUGGAGCAGAGGAAAGAAGAGCUGCAACAGCAGGUGCGCUCUCUGCGUACAAAAGAGGCCACCCUCAGUCGCGCUAACUCCGAGCUCUCCCACCGCUCCCAGCAGAUGGAGACACAGCUGGAGGUGCUGCAGAGCGAGCUGAGCUCUGCCAAUGAGCAGCAGAGCCUCAGUCAGAAGAGUUACCAUAAACUGGAGGAGCAGUUCACUUCCUCACAGCAGGAGUCAGAAAGACUGCAGGAGGAGUUACAGAAUAUUCUUCAGCAGCUUGAUACCAACAUUAGGCGAUACAAUGAAAAACAUUUUGAACAUAAAACCAAGCUACGCAGAGCAAAGCAGUUGUUCAUGAAGGCAACCACCCAGCGAGAUAUGAAGAUCCAGAAGCUAGAGAAUGAUUUAGCACUUGCAGCGAGUCUGUCUGAAAAAGAAAAAGACUGGAUUAAGACUGUGACUGAGGAGAAUGAGCAACUCCUGCUGGAGCGGCGAGAGCUGCUGAGGAGGAUGACCGAGGCUGAGGAGAUGGGCACCAACGGAAUACGAACAGCUACGGACACGCAGCAGAGGGUGAAGUUCUUGGAGUUGGAGAAUAAGCAGCUUCAGGACAAAACCCUGAAGCUGGCUAACCAAAUCGGAGUUUUAGAACGUGCCCUGAGAAAUCUUCAGUCAGUGUGUAAUGCUGAGGAGGUAAAGAAGUUCUUUCCCUCUGCUACUCUUCCUGAUGGCCUCUUGCAGACAUCAAGUCCAAAGCUGGGGCUCCAUGACUCGUGGGGACUAUUGGAUGCCAUCUGCAGGGUUAAAGUGAGUGAGCACUUCAAAAGCCUAGAGUCAUCUCUCUCUUUGCCUACCUCUCAACCAUCGGAGAUUGGCUACCUGAAUGUGAGCUCCUCCAUGGCUCCCAAUGUCACCCAGCAUGAGGAGGAGAACCACAGCAUCUCCAGUGAAGAUGCCUGAGGAAAUCGCACCUUAUUAUCAAGAUUGCCAACUAUCUCCAGAUUUAUAGCCAGUCUGUAGUAAUUGUAACUGGGUCAGAAGUUGCCUGAUCAAAGAUUAAAAAGACAUUUUUACUCGAGGCAAGUAACAAGAAAUUGCUCCUUACCAAUCAGUUCAGUGUUGGCUGCCAUGCUCUGAUACUGUUCGGUUUUGUUAGAAAUGCGGAAAGAUUUCACUGUGGCAUCGAAGAGAGUGAAUCUGAGGGCGAGUACAGGAUGACUAAGACCUGCCUUUUCUCAUCAGUUUUGUAGAUGAUUCAUUUUUUCUUCAGAGAUGCUUCCUUACACCCCAAUACAUGGGUUGAUACUGUACAGUGCUUUUAGAUGAAAUCAUACCUAAUUGGUAGCCAGAUUAUAGUAAACAAUGUCACUGUGACUGAAGCAAUCAUUAUCAUAUUUUUUUUGUUUUUGUAAUAUAGAACAUUCACUCUUAAUUUUACUCAGGGUCAUUACCACUCAGCUGAGUUUAUUGCCUUUGCCACUCGUAUUAUGUAGAGGUCCCCAAUCCAGUUCUUGAGGACUCCAGAUAUUCCAGAUAGCCAUGAAGCUGAGCCAUGUGGUCAAAAUUAAACAGCCACUCACCUGACAUUCCUGUUUUCAGUGAGGGGAAAUGUCAAAGGAAACAGAUUGUAAUUCUCCAGGUAACUGCUUAUUGACUACACAGGUGGAGGACAUGGCAAACUGGAUCAACAAAUAAUGCGUUAUAAAAUGUUCGGUGUUUUGAAACAUUCAAAAGCAAUAUACUUCAUUUGAUAUCAAGGCCAAAGCACAAAUUACAGCCUUAUACAUGCUUGGAGAAAAGGUAAGAAACAAUUUUUGCGGUGCAGCUGUUACAUGCCAUGUGUUUUAUAUGUUUUUACAUUGGUAGUCCACAAAGGGGACAUGAUAUUUGACAUGAGAUUUAAAACAAGAGGGAUUCGCUGAAGCACUUUUAAUGUCAAAUGGUACAUUGUGAAUGUUUACAAUUGCAAAAACCCUUUUGUAUGUUUGGGAUCCAGGUGAAAUCUGGUACAAAACACUCAACAUUUUAGGAACAAGGGGUAACUGGGAUCUACAGUGCCCUCCACUAAUAUUGGCACCCUUGGUAAAUAUGGGCAAAGAAGGCUGUGAAAAAUGGUCUAUUGUUGAACCUUUUGAUCUUUUGUUAAAAAAAAUUCACAAAAAUACUCUGCUGUCAUGGAUAUCAAAGAAUUGCAAACAAAACACAGGUUUAUAAAAAACAAAAAACAACAAUCUUUAAGUAUAGGUGUGCACCAAUUAUUGGCAACCUUUUAGUCAAUAUUUUGUGCUACCUCCCUUUGCCAAGAUAACAGCUCUGAGUCUUCUCCUAUAAUGCCUGAUGGCACGGGAUCUGAGACCAUUCCUCCAUACAGAAUCUCUCCAGAUUCUUCAAAUUUCGAGGUCCAUGCUGGUGUUCUCUCCUCUUCAGUUCACCCCACCGGUUAUCUAAGUAAGGGGACUGGGAUGGCAUUGACAGGACCUUGAUUUUGUGGUCAGUAAACCAUUUCUGUGUUGAUUGUAAUGUAUGUUUUGGAUCAUUGUCCUGCUGGAAGAUCCAACCAUUGCCCAUUUUAAGCUUUCUGGCAGAGGCAGUCAGGUUUUCAUUUACUAUCUGUUGAUAUUUGAUAGUUCAUGAUGUCAUGCAUCCUAACAAAAUGUCCAGGUCUUCUGGCAGAAAAA